AUGGGUGAAAAGGUUGCAAAGGAUCCGUCUCAGGGACUGUCCAUAAGGGACAAAGUUUCAUCUAAAUUGCAGAACGGGAAGAAAAACCGUAGUAAGAAACAGGAUAAGAAGAACAAAAAAGCGUCUGAACAAAGUAAGGAUGUUCAAGAGAGGGCUGUCAAGACACCGGAGGAGGAGGAUGUCUUAAAGAGAGAAGCGCUUGCAUUGGGAGCGUCAGAGAAUGAUUUGGAGCUUCUGGAGGAUUUGCCAGAGGAUGACGCCAGCGAACAAGAGUUUGAUGUUCCUGAAGAGAAAGUCGAUGAGAAGUUCUCCACUGAUUUGCAAAAAUUCAUGCAAAACAUUGGGUUUGAUAAACAUGCAUUGGAAGACUUGAAAGAUGAGGACGUUGCUGACGAAGAGGAAAUUCCAAAACUUGUAGAACAACAAGAAAACAACGAGGAAGAAGAGGUAGAGGAACAAGCAGAAGAAGAAGAGGAACCGUUGCAAGAGGAUGGUGAACUUAGUUCUAGCUCGAAGGAAGAGAGCGAUAUCGAAUCAGAACAGGAAACCGAAAAGAAAGCAAAGAAAGAUGAUGGACUGAUCACAUCUACUAACUUCUUGUCCUCUGAUAAACUUGUAAUUCCAAACGAUCUCGUAUGGUACGAAGUUGAAUUGGAUUCGCAACUGAAGAGGAACGUCCAGGAUAGCAUUGACCCAUUAACCCCAGAACAAUGCACAAAACUGUAUGAAAGAGGGAAAUUGGCUCUCGAAGAGGACAACCAAACAUACUACGACGAGUUCACAAAGGAUUCCUCCCAGAAAAAAUUCAUGUCUCAGAUUUUGACAGGUGGUACUCUCAUGGAUAAAAUUUCUGCCCUGACUCUUUUGAUUCAGGACUCACCAAUCCACAACAUAAAAUCUCUGGACACUCUACUGUCGUUUUCGAACAAAAAAUCUAGAAACUCGCAGCUGCAAAGUUUAAACGCUCUCAAGGAUCUUUUCCUACAUGGGUUGCUCCCAGAUAGAAAAUUGAGGUACUUCAAGAACCAACCGGGGCUCUCCAUGAUGGUCAACAAGAAGACUUUGGCUAUUUUUUACUUCGAGGAUUACUUGAAGAAAUUUUUUUUUAAAGUCUUGGAGAUCUUGGAAAAACUGUCCCAUGAUCCAAUUAUUCACGUCAGAAUGCAAACUUUGACUCACAUUUUCGAUUUGCUGUCAAAUAAGCCAGAACAAGAGUUUAAUCUUUUGAAAUUAGGUGUCAACAAGGUAGGUGACAUCGACUCAAAGGUUUCAUCCAAGGCCUCCUACCUGUUGCUGAAAUUAGAGCAGGCACAUCCGAAUAUGAAAAGUGUCAUCAUCGACACCAUCGUGGACACCGCUUUAAGGGUCAAUGCUGAUUAUCAUACUACCUACUACUCUGUCAUUACACUGAAUCAAACAAUUCUGAGAAAGUCUGACGACUCCGUUGCCAACAAAUUAGUGAAGACGUACUUUACCCUCUUCGAAAAGUUCUUAGUAUCAACAGAUGAGGACAAUAAACAUGACGUCGACAUAAAAUCGGACGCGAAGAAAUACGAGGAGAAAAGGAAGAAGAACGUCAAAAAGGGUAAAAACGGUGGUAAGUCUGUCAAGGAGGAGAAAACAGAGGAAGAAAAGGCCAACGAGAAGAACUCGAAACUGUUUAGUGCACUAUUGACAGGUAUCAACCGUGCAUUCCCAUUUGCCGAGAUUCCUGCAAGUGUCUAUGAGGUCCAGAUGGAAACGUUAUUCAAAAUCACGCAUUCCUCUAACUUCAAUACAUCAGUUCAGGCUCUUAUCUUGAUUAAUCAGGUGACCACAAAGGCAGAAUUGAACAACGACAGAUAUUACCGUACUUUGUACGAGUCUUUGCUCGAUCCAAGACUGGUUAACUCGUCUAAACAAGGUGUCUACAUGAACUUGCUCUACAAGUCGCUCAAACAAGAUUCGAAGAACGUGGAACGUGUAGAGGCGUUUGUCAAGAGAAUCUUGCAAGUAUCUUGUCAUUGGAUAAACGUUGGUACCAUUGCUGGGUUUCUCUUCCUGUUAUUACAACUGCAAGAAAGUUUGCCACAAAUUAAGAACUUGCUCACGAACACCCCUGUCGAUCACGAAUACUUGUCCGAUGAUGAGUCCCAGGAUGCAAGAGGAAAGAAACUCAAAAAGUAUGACGGUCGUAAACGUGACCCUCGAUUUGCAAACGCCGACAGUUCAUCACUAUGGGAGAUACACCACUUCUUGCAACAUUUCCACCCGACGGUACAGGCCUACGCCAGUGCUUUCAUUGAUGGUGAACUGGGUGAUAUAACUAAACCCGAUCUGGGGUUGUUCACUUUAUCGCAUUUCUUGGACAGGUUUGUCUAUAGGAACGCCAAACAGAAGCCAGUCACUAGGGGUUCUUCUAUCAUGCAACCUUUGCUUGGUGGGUCUCAAAUCAACGCAUCUGUUAUGGUCAAAGCAUCUGACGCUGUUUCGAACGAAGUUCCCGUCAACACCCAAAACUGGUUGAAAAAGAAGGUAAACGAGAUCAAGCCAGAAGAUAAGUUCUUUUAUCAGUACUUUUCCUCCAAAAAAAGUGCUGUUAAAGAUAAACAGAGGAACGCUUCUUCAGGAAAUGACAGCGAGGGAGAAAUGAACGAAGAUGAUAUCUGGAAUGCAUUAGUGAAGUCAAGACCCGACGUGGAAGAUGAUAGUGGUGACGAAAUGAAUUUCGAUGAAGACGAUUUCAGUCUUUCCAGCGACAAUGAGGAGGAAAGCGAGGGCGAGGCCUCAAUCGGCGGAGCACAAUCGGAUUCUGACUCUGAUAAGGGCGAUGAAGACGAGGAGAAUGAUAUAUUUUACAGUUUUGCUGAUGAGGAAAGUAAAAACGCUGCUGGAAGUGCCGAGGAGGAAUCUUCCGAAGACGAAGAGUCGCGUAAGCAUAUUCUUGAAGAAUCGGAUGAUGAUGUAGACGAAGAAAAGAGACAAAAAGAAGAGCAAGAAACAAAAACACAAGGCACUACCAGUGUUUGCAUCGGCUGA